AUGAAACCAUAUGUAGCGCCUACUUGGUCUUGGCUCAACAUGGAUGCACCGGUGGUUUAUGAUCCAGAAUUCAGAGUAAAAUGGCGGGACACAAAAUGCGUUGAGACUUUGGAAGUGUCGGUCCAAUCUGAGGAUCUCAACGCAUUACACAGCUUUACCAGUUCGACAUUGCGUCUACGGGGAAUUGUUUUGCGGGGGUGCCUCACAAAUUGUGCUGAAAAGGAUCUUGGCCUUGCUGGGUCAGAUCGUGGCUCGGAUGUUGAUCCCAACGGAUUCAAGCUCAAGAAUCUCCUCACUCGUCCUGGCCGAGAUCCCGUGGAAGAAGUAGCGGUUCAGAUUGACUGGGAUGAAUACCAGCUGUCUGUUGCUGAGGACCCACAGCGAUACUCGAGGCUUCAAAAAGAACGGAGUUCGGAGCUCUUGAUUUUGCCGUUCCGAUUUAGGACUAUCAGCUUUGCCCAUGGUCUUGUUUUAUGCCCGUUGAAAAUUGCAAAAGACGAGACAACUUGUGUCAGACUGGGCGUAUUUAGGUUUAUGAAAGAAGGUUUUCCUACGUUUAUACGGGAAACAUUGGGAUUACCCGAAGACUCCUUCGGUAAUGACGAGAUUGAUCUCAAAGACGCUCGUCUUAGUGGUCUUGUACAGGAAGUUUGUAUCCACUAG